AUACAGAGUUCACAUUCAUAACUAGACACAAAUAAAUCAGAAACGAAUAAAAGGAAACGAAAACAUUUUAUAAAAAUGGGAAACACCAAAGAGAGAAGAAACUUGUUGGUUUCAACAGUAAUGGUGUUUUUCUUCUUCAACACUAACCAUUAUCAGGUUAUGAGUUGCCCCGACCGAACUACAAACUGUACGGAUCAAGACAAGAAAUUAUUGGAGUUUCCAUUGAAUCUGGAGUAUCUUGAAGCUGAGUUUUUCUUGUUCGGGGCAUUAGGGUUUGGUCUUGAUAAAAUUGCACCAAAUUUAACGAUGGGAGGUCCCAGUCCUAUUGGAGCACAGAAAGCUAAACUUGAUCCUUUGACAAGAGAUAUUGUUUUGCAAUUUGCUUGGCAAGAGGUUGGCCACUUGAGGGCAAUCAAGAAAACGGUGACAGGAUUUGCAAGGCCGCUACUUGAUUUGAGUAUAAAAUCAUUUGCCAAAGUGAUGGAUGAUGCAUUCGGACGAAAACUUGUACCACCAUUUAAUCCUUAUGCCAAUUCUUACAAUUACCUCAUUGCUUCAUAUUUGGUCCCUUAUGUUGGCCUCACCGGCUAUGUUGGUGCUAACCCGAAACUGCAAUGUCCCGAUUCAAGGAAGUUAGUAGCAGGACUUUUAGGAGUAGAAUCAGGUCAGGACGCUGUGAUAAGAACAAUGCUAUAUGCGAGGGCAACACACAUGGUCCAUCCUUAUGGUAUCACGGUUGCGGCUUUCACAGAUAGGAUCUCGCGUCUAAGGAACAAAUUAGGGAAAAUGGGUGUGAAAGAUGAGGGGCUGGUUGUACCUAAAGCCAUGGGUGCGGAGGGACAAGUGGCCGGGAAUGUAUUGGUUGGUGACGAGUUAUCGCUUGCGUUUGAUCGAACUCCGGAGGAAAUUCUGCGGAUUGUAUAUGGAAGUGGAAAUGAAAGGGUACCCGGUGGAUUUUACCCUAAAGGAGCUGAUGGAGAAAUUGCCAAGUCUUAUUUGGUUUAAUAAAGUUUAGUAAUUUGUUGCCAAUGAGGUUUAGUGUUAGUUGGAGUUUAAUUUCCUUUAUAGUUGUUAGCUUUUUGGGUCUAUGGGGCAAAAUAAUUUUCAUGUUAAUGUAAUAAAUGCUGUGGGGAAUUAGUUUUCCACAGUAAAAGUGUUUGAAAAAAAUAUGAAAAGUAUACAAUAGUUGUGUGAAAUUAA